AUGGGGAAGGCGAAGAGUGCAGGAAAAGCUGCCGCAAAGGCAGCUAAGAAAGCCAAGCAAGAAAAGCUUGCAGAGCGCCGAGCUACGAAGCAGCAAAAAAAGAGCAGCGGUAAAAAGGAUGUCAAUGAUAUGGAUAGUGAAGACUUAGACGCCCUUUUGGCUCAGUAUCGUGCAGAGUGGGAAGAGCAGCACGCAACUACGGAAGAGCAUGUGGGCGUGAUUCCUUCACGUCGCGCAAAUGCUACCCUUACUCCAUGUCCAUUAGGCAACGAUCUAUGGCUCUAUGGUGGUGAAUACUUUGACGGUGACAAAUGUAUGUUUUACCAAGAUCUGUUUCGUUACAUCCCUGAAAAAAAUGAAUGGCGCUCCUAUUCCAGCAAAAUUCAACCCGGUCCACGCUCAGCGCAUCAAAUUGUAGCUUCGCCUGUGGGUGGUGGACAGCUAUGGUGCUUUGGUGGCGAGUUUGCAAGUACGAAACAGACAAAUUUCCACCAUUACCGCGAUCUUUGGGUCUAUUCGAUUGCGGAGCGUGCAUGGGAAAAAAUUGAAACCAAAGUGCGGCCUAGUGCACGAAGUGGCCAUCGCAUGGCUAUGUGGAAGCAUUUCAUUGUUCUAUUUGGCGGCUUUGUGGAUACAGGCGUGCGCACCACAUACCUUCAAGACUUGUGGGUGUUUGACACGCUAGAAUACAAGUGGAAAGAAAUUAAGCAAAAUGACCUCCGACGUCCUUCCGCUCGCAGUGGUUUCUCUUUCUUACCGACACCAGACGGUAUUGUGCUGUACGGUGGUUAUUGCAAAAAGUAUGUGAAAGGGCAGCGGGCGCAAGGUGUGGCGCUAGAAGACGCAUGGAUGCUAAACAUGGAUGAAGACAUUUCCAAGAUUGAAUGGUCCAAGCGGCGGAAAAUCGGAUACGCACCCAACCCACCUCGAUCAGGAUGUACCAUGGCCCUAUGGGCGAACCGUAAUACCGGUGUUCUGUUUGGUGGUGUGACAGACACAGAGCAGGAUGAGGAAUCGAUGGAGAGCACAUUCUGGAACGAUUUAUACGGUUACCAAUUGCCCGGCAAUGGUCGUUGGAUUAGUUUGAAUAUGCGACGGCCCAAAAAGCGCGGCGGAGCCAAGUCCGCUGAUGGUGAGGAUGGCCAAGAGCAAGAAGACCCUAGCACCACGCUCCCUCUCACCAGAUACAACACUAUGUUGGCUGUACAGAGAAAUACCCUUUACAUUUAUGGUGGUAUCUUCGAAAGUGGCGAUCGUGAAUACACGUUAGACGAUUUUUAUACCAUUGACCUCUCCAAAAUGAACAAAGUCCUAUCACCAGAGGAGCGCGAGGUACUAGAGAGAAAACUAGCUCUUCGCCGUGAGGCUACAGCCUUUAUGGGCGUGUCGAAGGAGGGAAAACGAACCGAAGAGGAUAUCCUGUCUACGCCCGAGCCAGGCGAGGUUCUAAAAACCUUUUAUGCGCGUACAAAACACUAUUGGGCUGCCAAAGCCUACGAGGAGGGCCAUGGUGAGUCUCGAGGGAAGCAGCUUCGUCGUGAUGGAUUCGAUCUUGCAGAAAAGCGCUUCAACGAAUAUAAGCCUAUUUUGGAAGAGAUUGAACGGAUCCGACGUGAUGCCGGUCUUGACGACGAAGAAAUGUCGAACACGGCCUUACGUAGACCCACUGGACCGGGUGCGGAGAGUCGUCAUCGUAGGUAG